UUCCGGACAACGCCUGGUUCCUCUCGGGUCCUUCCGGCGUCGCCGGAGUGAAUUGAUCCGGGAGUUGAAGAGGGCUCGAAGGUGGGAAGUGAAGUCAGUGCCUCAGUGGCCGGUAAGGUGCGGCUGUUCCGUCUCCGUUCCCGUAGCCCCGCGCAGAGCCUAAGAGGUCAAUAUAUGUUUUGUGACCUAUUCUUUUAUCACAAAAAAAGAGAGAAGAAAUACUGCAGUGAAUGAAGAUUCCUCUGCAUUUUAGCACUGCUUUUUCUACUGUAGUUGGCUUUUGAAUGAGGAUGACAAUGGAAGAGAUGAAGAAUGAAGCUGAGACCACUUCCAUGGUUUCUAUGCCUCUCUAUGCAGUCAUGUAUCCUGUGUUUAAUGAGCUAGAACGAGUAAAUCUGUCUGCAGCUCAGACACUGAGAGCAGCUUUCAUUAAGGCUGAAAAAGAAAAUCCAGGACUCACACAAGACAUCAUAAUGAAAAUUUUAGAGAAAAAAAGUGUAGAAGUUAACUUCACAGAAUCACUUCUUCGAAUGGCAGCUGAUGAUGUAGAAGAGUAUAUGAUUGAACGACCAGAGCCAGAAUUCCAGGACCUAAACGAAAAGGCACGGGCACUUAAACAGAUUCUCAGUAAGAUCCCAGAUGAGAUCAAUGACAGGGUGAGGUUUCUGCAGACAAUCAAGGAUAUUGCUAGUGCAAUAAAAGAACUUCUUGAUACAGUGAAUAAUGUCUUCAAGAAAUAUCAAUACCAGAACCGCAGGGCACUUGAACACCAAAAGAAAGAAUUUGUAAAGUACUCCAAAAGUUUCAGUGAUACUCUGAAAACCUAUUUUAAAGAUGGCAAGGCAAUAAAUGUGUUCAUGAGUGCCAACCGACUAAUUCAUCAAACCAACUUGAUACUUCAGACCUUCAAAACUGUGGCCUGAAAGUUGUAUAUGUUAAGAGAUGUACUUCUCAGUGGCAGUAUUGAACUGCCUUUAUCUGUAAAUUUUAAAGUUUGACUGUAUAAAUUAUCAGUCCCUCCUGAAGGGAUCUAAUCCAGGAUGUUGAAUGGGAUUAUUGCCAUCUUACACCAUAUUUUUGUAAAAUGUAGCUUAAUCAUAAUCUCACACUGAAGAUUUUGCAUCACUUUUGCUAUUAUCAUUCUUUUAAGAAUUAUAAGCCAAAAGAAUUUACGCCUUAAUGUGUCAUUAUAUAACAUUCCUUAAAAGAAUUGUAAAUAUUGGUGUUUGUUUCUGACAUUUUAACUUGAAAGCGAUAUGCUGCAAGAUAAUGUAUUUAACAAUAUUUGGUGGCAAAUAUUCAAUAAAUAGUUUACAUCUGUUAAACAUUUCUUUACUUGAAAAAGUUGAUAUAUAUAUGUAAUAUAAAUAUAUAACCAUAAGACCAAGAUUACUUGGGUUAAUGUCUAAAGAACUUUUAAUGGGAGCUUGGUCAGCAGUUUAUCAGAUAAUUAAGCAGCAAGAAUUUUUAUUUUUUUGUCCUUAAUCACUCUGGGCAAAAAGUAGUCAAUGGAAAUAUUUUUUUAUUUAUAUAGGGUACUGACUAUUUUUCCAGCCUGUUUUAAGAGACAUAUGAGUGAGAUGUCAAUUUAUAGUGUUUUCACGUUAUGAUGCCACUUUUUGAACUCUGACAAUGUAAAAUUAAGUAUUUCUUGUGUGCUAGGCCCUAAUAAGCUUUGCGCCUUUUCCCCAAGAAUAGCCACAACUAAUAGUAAUUUGAAGAUAUACCAAUGCUCAUUGGUUUGAAAUUGUCAUGAGUGUUCAUAUUAUUUACUCUCUUUAAAUAUAUAUAUAUAGUUUUAUUUCACCAUAGAGAAGUAUUAAGGAAAUUAUGUAUCAAAUAUUCAUGUAAAUAAGCAUUUUCAUUUUUCAGUUAUGAAAUAAAGGAAAAAUUAGAAUUUGUUUAUUUUUUAUAAAGAUUUUAAAUGUUAAACUACAUUUCUGUUGGCAAUACAAUUUUUUUGCUAUAAUGAAUUUAGUUACUUUUUAAAUUUUUCUUCUUUUUCAAAAAGAUUUUAAAAGAACUGCUAUCAUUGGCAAUAGAAAAGGAAUAAAUUGUCCUGUUAGAUGUAAACAGAAAAUAUGUGGAAAGAAGCAAAACAACAGACUACUGGAUGAAAUCUCAUAAUUUAUGGACAUUUUAUUGAAUUGAUGUUGUUUUUUUUUCUUCCAAGCCAGUAAAAAGAAUAGAAUUGGUUAUCUUAAUACUAUUUAUUUUUUACAUAAAACUAUUAUUUACUCUUAGAAGUAGAUGGGUGGUCAUUUGCAAAAUAGAUAUGAGUAUAUGAAAAUAACAUGUAAUUUUUUUAUCAGACUUUUCUAACAUAAACCAGUACUUCCUCCUGUUGUCUUUACCUCCUUAACAGAACAAAUUAGCUACCAUGCCACAGCUCAUCUGUUUUCAUAAGCCUUCUUCUAUCUUUUUUUCCACUGUCCAAUAUCUCCGUCUUUGUUUUUCAUGAAACUUACCUCCAGAAAGGAGACUUAUUCUCGGGAUAGUUCAGUUUCUUACGUAAUCUUGGUGGGGAAAGGCCAAUGUGGUCCUAGUCAGAUACUUUUCCAGAGAACAGAAAAGUGGCUCCCAAGGAAAGGAAGACAAGGAGACAUUGAGCGCCUUCUCUGUGGGAAGCACUAUUCUAAGUACAUUAAUUCUCUUAAUAGUCCUGUGAUUUAUUUGUCUGCCUCAUAGUUGAGGAAACUAAAGAAAGUUUAAGUUAUAGGAGCUGGUACCAGCUGGAGCCAGGGCUUGAAUUCAGUGUUUAUCUCCAGACUCCAUGCUCUUUUCACCAAACUGUACUUCAUCCAUUGGCAAAAAUGGACCUUGUUUAGAAUAUUGAAUCCGUAACACAAAGCUGACAAGCUCUCCUUGAUCCACAUGGAAGUGGAAAAAACUAGGAUAAGUCUUUUUUAUAAAUCUAAAUUUUGUUUUGAAGGGUCAUUCUUUGGUGAUAAUGGCUAUUUUUUGGAUGUUCAAAAUGUCCCCUCACACUUUCUUGAAAGAAAAUGAUAUAAUCGUAGAUGGUAGGGUUGUUUUUUUUUUUUAAUGAUUGCAUUUUAAUAACCUUAUCAGGCAAAGCAUGAGAUUGGCAACCCAAUAUCAAUCCCUUCUUUUUUUUUAACUUUUUAUGGAAAUGACUUUAUUUUUUAAGUAUAUAUGUGUGUGUGUGUAUGUAUAUAUAUAUAAUUUUAUUUUUUCCAUCACCAUUUAUCCCCUCUAAGCCCUCUUCUACCUCCACCUGGAAAUGAUUUUAAAUUUGCAGAAAAUUGGCAAAAAUAAGAAUAGUACAAAGAACAUCUAUACAUCUUUUACCCAGAUUCAACUAUUACUGAAAUUUUACCAUUUUUAUUUUAACAUUUGCUUAUUUACCCUCCCUGAAAUCUCCUUGACUUUAGAUAAUUUCCAUGGUCCCCUUUGUCUUUUACAGCUGUGACAUGUUUCCGAAGAAUACAGUCUUCGUUCUCUAUCCUCCUUUUAUAAUAGUAUGUUCUUCAUUUUGGGUUUCCUCAUUAGAUUCAAAUUGUGCAUUCUUAGGAUACCACAUUGGUGAUGCUGUCAUCAGGUAUCACAAUCUGUGGGAGACUCUUUAAAUCCAUGCUAACAUUUCCCCCCAGGAUUUAACAUCCAUUGAUGUUUCUUGCUUAUUCCGUCUUUAUUUUGAUAGUUGCAAAAUGGUGAUUUUCUAAUUAUAGCAUUUCUUCCUCCUGUACCAGUUAGCAUUCUGCUGUAAGCAGGAGCACUCCUUUCUUCUUCAUAACUAUCCAGGUGAACGUUUAUAUUAACUAUUGUUUUGGACUCCUGAUUUUCUGUUUUUUCCAGGACUUGCAUUUCAUUUCUUACUUUGUCUUAAUUGUCUUAGAUUUGGCCAAUAGGAGCUUCUGAGUCCGAAUUCCUUGUGGCAUCUGCUAUCUUUUUUUUCCCCCCCACACCAUCGUAAAUAAAAGAUAUUCCAGGCUCUAGAAUCGGCAGUUUUUCCAAGGAACCCUGGCUGCUGGGUAUGUUCACCUUUACUAAGUGUUUUCCUGCUGCUAGGCCUGUUCAGCAGAAUAGGAAAUGUACAUGUACACAUACAUUUUACAUGUGCUCAUAUCCACAUUUGAUUUAGAAAUCAUGCGUUCACUGUACCUCCAAUUCCAUCCAUCCUCAUAGGGUUCUUUCUUGUUUUCCCCAUUUCAUAUUUCUCUGUUCCUUUUUCCUCAGAAUCCUGGCUCUUUAAAAAGUCCAUCAGUUGAUUCACUUGUUCAAUCCGAUAAUACAGCUAAAAUAGUUUUCCUUGCUUUUGCCCAUAGAAUGUAUAAAAACACACUUAAAAGCCUGCAAGAUUGUCUGUAUCCUCUCCCUAUCUGUACCCUGCUCCAGACCAAAGAUAUAUAAUUACAUUGUGUUCAUAAAUUACUUUGAUUCAUUCUU